UAUUUUAGCUCAAAGAGUAAUUAAGGUUAUUAAUCAAACUGUAAAUACUAGAUUUGGUUGAGAAAAUGUGGGCUGCUCAUAUUUUGUCAUAUUUGGUCAUGUCCAAAGUUAAAAAGUUUCUGGAAGGAUGUAUCCAACUUCAUUACACACCAACUACUCAAAUGUUUUGUGUUUUUUUCUGUUUGUUUUUUUGUCACCACCAAGCUAACACACUCCCAAACGUGGCGCCCAGUGGAACAGCAACUCAGUCAUCAACAAUACCCCUCGGUGAUGCUUCACACGCAAUUGAUGGCAAUAAAAACACAUAUUACGAAGCUGGAUUCUGCACCCAUACAUAUGAUCGACUGAACAGCUGGUGGAGUUUACUCUUGCCCGCCAUGUAUAGUAUCUCAUCUAUUAGCAUCACCAACAGAAAUAUAGUAGGUGAGAGGAUCAAUAAAGCCGAGAUCCUUAUUGGGAAUUCCCUAGACAACAACGGCAACAACAACCCAAGGUGUACUGUCAUCGACUCCAUCCCAAACGGAGGUACCAGUACUUUCGACUGUGGAGGCAUGAUAGGUCGGGUGGUCAACCUAUAUCACAGUGGCUCUGACCCACAAUCUGUUAUGUCUGUGUGUGAAGUGGAAGUGUAUGGAGAACUCUACCAGGCUCCUUCGCCCUCCUUAAGUGUGGGGGUGAAUGGUGGGAGCAUAAUAUUGGUGGACAAAAAGCUGUCUUGGUCGGAUGCCCUGUUCUAUUGCAGAGACUUCCACCGGGACCUGCUCAGCAUACGCAACGGAGAGGAGCAGACGAAGGUGGAGGAGCUGCUGGGAAACCCCACGUUCCCCGUCACCGAACAUGUUUGGUUGGGACUGCGCAGGUACCUGAUGGGUGAGAAGUGGUUUUGGAUGUCUGGCGAUGAUCCUAAUGACUACAGCCACUGGAGACACCAAACUCAAAGCCCCAUCAGGCAGUCGAGCAGUCCUUGUGGCGGCAUUGAAACCAGCGCCCCCUUCCACUGGACGGAUCACUCGUGUGAAGAUCACGCAAACUUCAUCUGUUUUGACGGUGAUGGCACAGAUGUACAAAAAGUGACGUUCUUCAGCAGCGCCAGAUCACCGAAAUUACCACCAUGAAGAGAAAGUCUCAAAUUCAUCGUGUAUUUUCCAGCACUGGGGCUUCAUCAUCUUCUCUUUCAUAUCAGACUACCAUGUCUUUACUGUUUUUUAAUAUAUCACAGUACAUAUUUUAGGCCAGAACAUGAAUGUGAAAAAAAAAGUCAAACAUAUUUAUCACAUAAUAGGUUUGCUGUGGUGUGCACAUCUAUGUCCUCACAACUCUAUUCCAUUGUCAUAAUACUGGAGACCAUACUGAUAUCUAUACCAAGGUCCAUA